CGGGGCCGGGUGCGGGCGUCACGUGACCGUGCGGCGGGGCUGGCGGGGAAGAUGGCGGCGGAGCGGGAGCCUCCGCCACUGGGGGAGGCGCGGCCCGCCGACUUCGAGGAGCUGGAGGACGGCGAGGACCUCUUCACCAGCACCGUGUCCACGCUGGAGUCAAGUCCUUCAUCUCCUGAGCCAGCAAGUCUUCCUGCAGAAGACCUCAGCACAAACUCCAAUGGUCCAAAGCAGGCAGAAAUCAUGCUAGAUGAUGACAGAGAAGACCUCUUUGCUGAAGCGACAGAAGAAGUUUCACUGGACAGUCCUGAGAGGGAUCCAAUACUUUCACCAGAACCUACUCCUGCCAUCACUCCUGUAACGCCUACUACAUUAGUUGCUCCCAGAAUGGAAUCGAAAAGCAUAACAUCCCCAGUGAUUUUUGACAGAUCCAGAGAGGAGAUUGAAGAGGAAGCAAAUGGUGAUUUGUUUGAUAUAGAAAUCAAUGUAUCAGACCCAGAGAAAGUUGGUGAUGGCAUGAAUGCUUAUAUGGCAUACAGAGUAACAACUAAGACAUCACUUUCCAUGUUCCACAAAAAUGAAUUCUCUGUUAAAAGAAGAUUCAGUGAUUUUCUUGGCUUGCACAGCAAAUUAGCAACAAAGUACAUGCAUAUUGGUUACAUUGUGCCUCCAGCUCCAGAAAAAAGUAUUGUAGGCAUGACCAAGGUUAAAGUAGGCAAAGAAGAUUCUUCAUCUACAGAAUUUGUAGAGAAAAGAAGAGCAGCUCUAGAAAGGUAUCUGCAACGAACCGUAAAACACCCAACCUUGUUACAGGAUCCAGAUUUAAGACAGUUCUUGGAAAGUUCUGAGCUGCCGAGAGCGGUUAACACCCAGGCUCUGAGUGGAGCAGGAAUAUUGAGGAUGGUGAACAAGGCUGCUGACGCUGUCAACAAAAUGACAAUCAAGAUGAAUGAAUCGGAUGCAUGGUUUGAAGAAAAACAGCAGCAAUUUGAGAAUCUGGAUCAGCAACUUAGGAAACUUCAUGGCAGUGUUGAAGCGUUAGUCUGUCACAGAAAAGAGCUUUCAGCCAACACAGCUGCCUUUGCUAAAAGUGCUGCUAUGUUAGGUAACUCUGAGGACCACACUGCUCUAUCUAGAGCUUUGUCUCAGCUUGCAGAGGUUGAGGAAAAGAUAGAUCAGUUGCAUCAAGAACAAGCUUUUGCCGACUUCUAUGUGUUCUCAGAACUGCUUGGGGAUUACAUUCGUCUCAUCGCUGCAGUAAAAGGUGUGUUUGAUCAUCGAAUGAAAUGCUGGCAGAAGUGGCAAGAUGCUCAGGUCACUUUACAAAAAAAACGUGAAGCUGAAGCAAAGCUCCAACUUGCCAACAAACCUGAUAAAUUGCAGCAAGCUAAAGAUGAGAUAAAAGAGUGGGAGACAAAAGUUCAGCAAGGGGAAAAGGAUUUUGAACAGAUCUCGAAAACCAUUCGCAAGGAAGUGGGAAGAUUUGAGAAGGAACGAGUGAAAGACUUUAAAACUGUUAUUAUCAAGUACUUAGAAUCGUUAGUGCAAACACAACAGCAGCUAAUUAAAUACUGGGAGGCAUUCCUACCUGAAGCCAAAGCCAUCGCCUAAAAGAAGAAUAUUCCAAAUGACAAGGCACUCUGGAUUUUUGUCCUGCAUAAAACUAAA